AUGCCAUCCACUCCGCUUUACGAAGGAUCCUUUGAAGAUUCCUUCAUUGCACCAGACUCUGAAUAUAAAAACCCUCCAAUAAACACAGGUUUUUUAAAAGGUACCAACAGCAAUACUUAUUCGUCUUCUUCUAAUACAUUUGGCGCGGGCGCCGGAUCAAGAUCAGCAAGGGAUGGCAGUAGUAUUCAUAGCUCAGCAAACUCUCGCAAAGAGUUUACACCCCUCCUUCAUACUAUCAAAAAGACUUCACAACCAAUAGGUUCAGCAUUCUCAGUAGAUAGACUACGAAACAAAGAAAACCAUCCUGAUGAAACUCCUAUUCCUUCUACUUCAAAACGUGGCCCUCCAAUAAACCAAAAAGAUGAUUCACCAGGCUUAUUAUCUUAUGAUGAAUUGGGAAGCCUUGAAAGCAUUGGUAGUGUUGAGGUGCCUUCCAAAAAAGUGCCUUCAAUUUUUGACACACAUAAAGCGACUUCUCAGCAACAACAGCAACAAACCCGCUUUCAAAAUAUCCCCCUUAAACGUCAAGAAGAGCUUAUUGCUGCCCAGCAAGAUGAAAACUACCGACUAAAGUGCAACAUUGUAUUUUUAGAAAAAGAAAUUGAAAAACUGGUUAAUGAUGGUGACGAUGGGCGCAACAAUGGUAUUCGACGAGACAUUACAAAGGAAAACAUUGAGCUAAAAACAAAAAUGGCAACACUUCAAAAAUCACACUUGACAGCUAUGGAGGAAAAAAAUGAAGAGAUUUUGCGGUUAAAAAGAGUUAUGGAAGAAAAUGAUGAUGGCAGCAUUAGCACAGCAAAGGAUGAUCAAAAGGAAAAUGAAGUCAUUCAAAGCUUAGAACAAAAGGUUCAAGAGUAUGAAGAAGAACUUGGGAAUUUGGAAGAUGCUCUAAGUGAUGUCAAAGCCCAAUUAGAAGAAGAAGAGCGCGAGACUGAAGAAUACCGCACAAAGUAUCUUGAACUCAAAGAAAAUCAAGAUCAAGAGGGUGAUGAAUCUAGAGCUCAAGAUGAGAAAAUAGAAGAACUUCAAGCCCAAAUAGACACUUUUGUUGUUCGGUUGGAGGAAAAAGAAGAUGAAAUUGAAAACCUACAAACCGAAAUAAAAGACUUGAAGGAUCAAAGUCCUUCCACAGUCAUUGACAAGGAAAUGAUUGAUAAGGAAAUUGACAAAAUCACGGAAACUUUCAACCAAAAGUUCAUUGACCAAAAAGAGACACUUCAGAAGUUUAAACAGCAUAUCAAACAGAUGGAAAAAGAUCAUGAAACAGCCCAGAAUCAAGCACAAUCAAAUCUAUCACGGGUCCAAGCAGAUUUAUCAAGAACUCAGCUGGAACUGAAGCAGGCCCAAGCAGAAUUGAAGCAUGCCAAAGGCGAAUUAAACCAUACCCAAUCUGACUUGAAUCAUACCCAGACGGAUUGGAAACAUGUCCAGAGCGAUUUAAAACGUCUUGAAUCGGAUUUGCAGCAGGCACACAACAAUUUACAGCAUUCUAAACAAGCAGCAAAUCACUAUCAGAAUCUUGUUCAGCAACGCGACAAGGCUCUUGAAGAAAAGGUAGCUGAACUAAAACAUUUGGGGGCUGAAAAUACCACUCUUUUGAAAGAGCUUAAACAAACAAAGAAUGGAUCUUCUUCUUUAGUCCUGGACCUGAAAAAGGAUAUCGCAAACCUAAAAUCUCAAAUUGCAUCCUACAAAGAUGAACUCCAUAAAGAACAAGAAGCUAAUGCAGACAUUACCAAAAAUUAUGAAAUGCUAAAAACCGAAAUUGCCGUUGUGCGUGGCAUGUUCCAGGAUUCCGAUGCCAAAUUAGCGAAGCAAGAAGGACUUGUUAAUGAUUUACAGCAUGAACUAAGUGAUACCAGACAAAAACUUAACGCAGCUCUAUCUGAGGGAGCUUCUGCCAAUGAACACCUUAAACAUCAGCAAGAACAAUUUCAGCGCGAUCGUAACCAGACUUAUGUUCAUGGGUUUGACGAGCGGAACCGGCGGUUUGAUGAAAUGCAUCAACAAAUCAAGCAGUUGGAAAUCAAUUUAGCAGACAACCGUGGUAUUCAAGAAGCAUUACAAAUGCGCAUUGUUGACUUGCAAACUGAUCUUAAUCGCAAGCAGCAAACGAUUUCCAAAAUGAAGAAGGCUGCUUCUGAAGCUUCAGUUUCUAACCACUUUUUGGAAGAAAAAGAUGUCAUCAUAAACGAUCUCCAAAUCAAGGUUCAGAAACUUGUUGCUGAGUUGGAAGCAACAAUAAGGGAGAAAAAGGAAAAUUUUGAAGCAAUGACUGAACUUGUUGAAAAUAUCAUUCUUGAAAUCACUAGCAUUGAGUCAUUAAUGAACAAGGAAUGGAGUGUCAAAAACAUUCCAUUGCCACAAAAUCCUUUCUCCGGUCCGCCACUCCACAAAACAGCCAGUCCCAAUUCCAACUAUCAGCAUCGUUUAGCCCAGCUUCAAGAAGAUCUUGCUGAAAAUGAAAGACGUGGGAAUGACUUACUUUCAGCUAUUUCCAUUGAUUCUGAUCAAACUAACAAGCUCAACACAAUUUUGGGUAGACUCCGACUACAAAUUGGAGCCAAGGCUCAUGAGUUUUUAUCGUUGGGUGAAAGUGACGAACACCAUGUUCAUGUUUUGGAACAGAAGAUUGUUGAACUACAGCAUCAAAAACAAGAUGAGAUAGAAGCUGCACAGCGAGAAAACUUGGCCAACCAAGCCAAACUUGACGACAUGCAGGACAUUGUUAAUAGGAAACUCGAUCAGCAAAACAUUCAGAUGCAGCAACACCUUUCGGAAAUUCAUAAUCUUCAGGACAGGCUUAAGACUACCAUAGACGCUUAUAAUGAUCUUAAGAAGUUUUGUGACAAGGCUAGUUUUAAUUUGGAUCUUUUGCAAAAUAAUUUAGGCCAGCCCUUAGCUUUCAACAAACACAUUGAAAGCACAAGUAGUAAUUUCCAGGAAUAUCUCAAAAAUGAGCUUCAAGAGGCCAGGUUCAGCCUCAAAUCAACAAAAUCAGAGCUUCAAGAAGCCAAAAUGGAGCUCCAGCGGUACCGUGAUGAAGUGUUUGACAUUCAAGGAAAAAUUCAAGAGACUAAGCAAAAGUACAAGAGCCGUGAGAUAGGGUAUAAAAAUGAGAUUGCAGAGCUUGUUGAGAGGUUGAACCGUGACCGGGAAAAUGAUGCAGUUCUUUAUGCUCAAAAGCUCAAGGAAUCUAAAAAAGAUAUCAAGUCCCGGUUCUCUCAAAAAUAUGGGUCUGAGGUUGAACAAUUACGCAGCCAGUUAGACCAACAGUACAAUAUGGAAAAAAUCAGGCAGGAGCGUGAAGAGUAUUUUGCUAAGCUGGCAACUACCCUCACUAAAAAAGUCAAAUACUUGCGUGCCAGAAAUUCCCUUGAGAGCCGGACAUUUGGUGACGUUGAUUACAUGCGAAAGCAUUUAAAGAUGCGACUAAAAUCGGUUAAUCUCAAUGCACUGGAGGUUGACGCAGUGGUUAAAAGAAACGGAUUCCCUGAUGGUGUAUUAAAUAAACCCGAGCCUUGGAUUAAUCCAGAGCUAGUUAAAUUACGAGCCAAGUUUAACUCUAACAAGUACUUUGUUCACCACCCGUUGGGUCAUGACCCACAUGAAAAUAGAGAAAAGUGGAACAGAUAUCGGACUCUUGUUGUUGAAAAUGGUCGCCGCAAAAUACGUUCAGCCGCACUUGCCGUUAUUGCUAUCAACCGUUUAAAGAUACGAGCUAAAGAAACCAGAAAUGUUAAAGAGAAUUUCACAGAUUUACAGACUAUGGUUCGAGAAAUUAAGGAUCUUGAACGAAAGCAUGGGAUUGCUGGGUUUGCCGAAAAUUAA